AACGGUCACCAGGUGAAACCGCAAUUUAAUCCAGACAACGAUUGUGUGUGAGGUCAAAGGUCCCAGCGACGAGGGGCUUGAGGUCAGGACACGCCAAGCGUUCUGGCCACUGUGACGUCACAGAGAGCCUGAGCCCCGCUGCGGCCGAGAGGCAGCCCAGGGGAUGUGGAGAAUAUGCGUAUUUUCAUCAACCUCCUGAGAGCCAAGGUUUGUGUGAGUGACGUGAUCAGCCCCGGGCGGAGGCAGUGUCUGCAGUACAUCAGGACACUGCGAGCUCUGCAAAGCGAAGGUCUCUACACCGUGUACCUGGGGGAAACCCCCCUCCCCGAGAGCCUGCUGAUAGGUGACGUGUCGCCCCAGCCGGCCAGCUCCAGGGGUCCGGCCGAGCAGGGCUUGAUGCUGGUACACGCCGGGGGGAUGAGGGGCUGGGUACCGUGGAACUACCGAGUCUUCUUCGGAUGCCAGGAGCUGUGGCCUGUGCCGGAGACGGUAGGGAAUGCCGGUGAACGGCUCUUCCCGGAGUUUUGCCAUGCGCUCAGGAGCUCGUACGGGAGAUGUGCUGUCGUCGUCAGGACAAACCAACGGCUGCCGUCCCUGGGCACGAAGAGGAACCAUCUGGCCACAGCCUCACUCGAGCUGCCUCAACACCCACCAGGGGACGGCCAGGGCUGCCCACCACAGCCAACCCCCACCAUCACAUAUUGCCCCCAGAUUGCCAACUCCUAUGGGCACCAGCUGCUGUGGCUGCCCUCUCAUCACCCUCACCUCAGCCCCCUGGAGGCUGCCUGGGCUACCCUCAAAUGGACUAUAAUAAAUAACCGGAAACAGUUCACCAUCAGUGCCGUCCCCACGGUAACGGGCUACCGGUGCAUCAACGUCAAGGCCCUGAUGGAGGCCGCGGUGGAAGCCGUAAGCCACUCCAAGUGGCGGCUGUCCAUCAGUCGGGUCAAACGGUGGGAAAAUCAUUACCUUCAGCAGGAAGCCUAGGGCC